CAAGUUAAGUAGACACGGCCUUGCAUAUAAGCCAGCCAAAAAUGCCUAGAGUCGUUGCCACUUAGUUUUGAGAUUCCUAUUGGAAAAUGAGCGUAAUCGUAACCAAGUCUAGGCCGUUGCUGGUCCGCCCGUCGACGGAGCAGUCGACGCCGACGACGACCGACCACAUCAAAGUCUCCUCCUUCGACAAGGCUCUCGCCUUCUCCGCGUUCUCGUCGUUCCACGUCUUCGACGGCGCCAUCCACGAGCCCGCCGAGACCAUAAAGAGGGCGCUGUCUCGAGCUCUGGACCACUUCCGGCUCAUCGCCGGCCGCGUCGUCGUGGGAGACGACGACGGCGAGCUCAGCAUCGCAUGCACCGGCGAGGGCGUGGAGUUCGUGGCCGCGACGGCCAACUGCGCCUUGGUGGACGUCAAGCUCUUCGACCCGCCGUUCGCGGCGCUGCUUAAAGACCUCGCCGUCGAAUACCCGUUGGCCAGCUGCCGCGUGACCGACCCCUUGCUGCUCAUGCAGGUGACCGAGUUCUCCUGCGGCGCGUUCGUCCUCGGUGUCACGUGGAACCACGUCGUCGCCGACGGCACGGGGAUCGCGCUGCUCCUGCGGGCAGUGGGCGAGCUCGCGCGCGGGUUGGCUCGGCCGUCCGUCUCCCUGGUCACCUGCGCCGACGAGCUCAUGCCGGACUUCCCGCCGUUGGCCGCCGCUAUAGUGAAGACCAUGCUUGGCCAGCUGGAGCCAAAGGAUUACCCCUACCUCGACAUCACCGUGCCGAUGAGCACCAUCGGCCGCAUCAAAGCCAAAAUCGGCGACGAGCUAGGCGCGCCGUGCACCGUAUUCGAGGCGGCCACGGCUGUCCUGUGGCAGUGUCGCUCACGCGCCAUCAUGCCCGACGGCGACCCGGACAGCGCGGCGCCUCUCGUCUUCGCGGCGAACGCGCGCAGGCACGUCGGCGCCGGGGACGGCUACUACAGCAACUGCGUCACGACGCACGUAGUCGCCCCGCCACCGACGAUCCGUGAGGCGGCAGAGGGGGACAUGAAAGACCUCGUUAAGCUGAUCAGGGGCGGGAAGGAGCAGGUACCUGGCACCCUGGCCGGAGAAGAAGUAGAAGGCGUGCCAGGCCUGGAGACGCUGUUCGGGUACAGCGCGCUGUUCGUGACGAGCUGGCGGAACCUGGGCUUCGAGGCGACGGACUUUGGCGGCGGGACGCCGGCGAGGGUGAUGGGCCACGUGGGGCCGCGGUCGGUGCCGGCCUGUGUGGCGUGCCUGCCGUGCAGGGACAAGGACGGGGCAAACAUGCUGUCGCGCUUCGUCAAGGAGGAGCACCGCGCCGCCUUCCUUGCCGAGCUGGCCAAGUUCACCUGACCGGCGUGCAAAGCUAGUUCUCGAUCGAAGUUGCAUUUUAUACAUUGAGUUUGUAAUGAAGAGAAUAUUUAUUGUAGUAUGUGAGCACAUUCACGUAUUAGUCAGGUCAGGCAUCUGAAAAAAAAAAACUUUUGCGUCAACCAAAUUUUGGGCCGUC